AUGAAUUCAGCUAAACAUUUCAAUGCCGACUUUUCAUGGGCUCUCAACGACAACGAGCCAAUUGAAGGUGCCUUUACACUCGACACAUCCAAUGUCGAUCCCGACAAAGCAGUCGUCACCUCCGUCCAACGCCCUUGGCUCUUCGGCUUCCAGUCCCAAUCACCCACAACAAAUAACAGAGCCAUUCUAAUCUGCGGUGGAGGUGGCUAUGUUGAACUCAUGGUCGGGCGCGAAGGACUCCAAGUAGCGCGCUGGCUUACAAAACUGGGCUUCCACGCUUUCGUGCUAGUCCACCGAUUUCCGAACGCACAGUCGAGCUCGCAAGCACCGCUCGACGACGCAAGACGCGCAUUAAAGAUCAUUGAAGAGAAAGGGUUCGCAAAAAAUGGGCUAGGUGUUUGCGGUUUGAGCAGCGGCGGCCAUCUAGCAGCAAGUCUACUCGCCGAAUAUCCACGGACGUGGAGAGAAGAAAAUGGAAAUGCGGAACCGGAACUUCCAAGAUUACAGUUUGCAAUAAUCGGGUACGCACCCAUCUCUACGAAUGCAGUUGGCCGCACCAUCGUGCCGGAUAAAGCGCCCCUUCCGCCGCGGCAGAAACAAGAGCUGUACAACACGUUACAGCCAGAUGUACAGCUUCAGCGCCCAGCACCGCCAACGUUCAUAGUGUACUCUGGGAACGACCCGGUCGUGCCUGUUGUUAAUGCGUAUCGGUUAGCCGAGGGUGUCACGCAGGCGGGUGGUACGGUAGAGUUGCAUGUUUUUGCUGAUGCGCCGCAUGGUUUUGCCCUGGAUACGCCAGGGCUACCGGUCAGUGACUGGGUGGGCAUGUGUGAGCGGUGGUUGGGGCAGGGUGGGUUUCUGGAGGGUUGA